AUGGCGCCGAAGGCGAAGAAGGACGCUCCUGCCCCUCCCCAAACGGAAGCCAAAGCAAAGGCUGUAAAAGCCAAGAAGGCCGUGCUGAAAGGCGUCCACAGCCACACAAAAAAGAAGAUCCCCACGUCACCCACCUUCCGACGGCCCAGGACCCUGAGACUGAGAAGGCAGCCCAAACACCCCGGGAAGAGCGCCCCCCGGAGAAACAAGCUGGACCACUGUGCCAUCAUCACGUUCCCCUGGACCACAGAGUCUGCCCCGAAGAAGAUCGAAGAGAACAACACACCUGUGUUCACUGUGGAUGUCAAAGCCCACAAACACCAGAUCAAGCAGGCUGUGAAGAAGCUCUAUGACAUUGACGUAGCCAAGGUCAACACCCUGAUCGGGCCUGACGGUGAGAAGAAGGCCUAUGUUCGACUGGCUCCUGACUUUGACGCUUUAGAUGUUGCCAACAAAACCGGAAUCCUCUAAACUGAGCCCAGCUGGCUAAUGCUAAAUAUAAACUU